GCAGCCGCCGAUAUACAGCGCGUGGUCGUGCGGUUAUUGUUAUGGUGCGGCUCUUGGUCGCACUCGCGAAGCGAGAAACGACUUCUGCUCGCGUUCCGCGCUGCGGCGACGCAUGACGGAACGUACGCGACAUCGAAGCACCAACCACCUUCGGCCGGCUUCUGACAGACGACGGGACGACUGUGUUGCUAUCUAACCAGGGAAGAUGCCGAGUUGCUCGGGAGGCGGCGCGGCCGUCCGUCUGUAAGCGAGUGAGUGAGUGACGCGAUCACCGCGUAUGUACUGCGGUUGCCGGUGUGUGUUUGUGUAGCGUGCGUGCCACCCACCGGCCGUCCAUGUGCUGAUGCUCGUCCGUCGCGCGUAUAUGGUCGGUGCGCGAUUUUUCUCGUACCGUGAGGCCAGUUUUGUGCUUCUCUCUGGUGGUGCGGCGGCGAGCGGUGCAAAGAGGUGUGUGUGUGCGUGUGUGUGGUGAUGCGUUUCCCGUGGCGUGGAUGUUGUUCACCUGCUGCCGGAGCGCGCGACGCGUGCUACGUCGUCGAGCCGUGGCCGUAACACCUGUGUCCGGCGGUUUCGGCCGCUGACGGGCGGCGGCUGGGCGGACAUGGAGGCGGCCGAGCGUAGGGCGGCGGUCAACGAACUGCGGCCGCCGUCCUCAAGACUCUCUGGAACAGAACAUAGGGCAAGGGCACCAUCUCUUGGCUACGUGCAACGGAGUCAGAGUCUGAUACCGCAGAGGAGGCCGUCCAGAACAGCCCGGGAACGCAUUGUCACGAACUGCCUGCUGUACCAGAACGUGGGGGAACUCCAGCAUAUGAUCAAGCAGUCAGCGAAAGAAAGGCUUCAGCUCGAACGUCAAGUGGCCCACCUGCACCAAGCCAUUCGAUUGCAGAAGGAAAGAAUCGAGCACGAGUACCGACUUCGGCUUCGAGAUGUGGAGGACCGUCUUAAGGAGCAGGAAUCCCAGCUAACCCAGCUGCAGAAGGAGCUGGAUGACCGCUGCGAAAUCAGCGCCGACCUGGAGCGGCAGCUGCUUGAAGCCCUGGAGCAGAAGAUCGAGGUCGAGGCCCAGAACGCAACCCUCGAGGAGGAAGUCGCCAGGCUACGGACGGCGGAGACGGAGCUGCGCGUGCGCUCGGCUGAGCUGGAGGCCGCCCGGGGCGAGGCGUCCGCCCUGGAGGCCCUGGUGGGCCACCUGCGACAGGCGGCCGAGCAGCGCCGCCUGCUCGAGAGGCAGCACGCGCAGGCGCUGCACGAGGUGCGGGCCGCGAAGGCGGCCGCCGCGGCCGCCAAGGGCUCGGCCGAGGCGGCGCACCUGCUCACCAUACAGACGCUCGAGUCCAGGGUGCGCGAGCUGCAGAAGAAAUGCGAGCUCCAGAACGUGCUGCACGAGGAGCUGGUGCUGGAGAUGGCCGCGCUCCGGCGGCAGCAGAUGCAGCAGCACAGGACGCGGUCGGCCAGGGAGUCCUGGAGGGCCGGUCGCUCGCUGUCUGCGGAGGUGGUGCCUUCGGACCUGGGCGACCGCGCGAGUCUGCAGAUUUCCGACCACCUCCUGCUGGAGGCCGAGCGCUCGUCCAGCUCGAGUCCGCGGGGCGGAAGCAGCGGUGGCGCGCGGUCGGCGUCGCCGACGCCCCUGAUGGACACCAUCACCACCACGACCACGACCACCUCGUCCUCGCGGCCGUUCCUCGACAUGGCCCGCUCGGCCGGCGCCGACGCCCUCUCGCAGCUGGCCGCGGCCGCGGCGUCGGCUGCAGGGGGAGGGGCCGGGACUCCUUCCUUAACCUGCUCCUCAGUUCUGACGCUUUAUUUCCAACGUGACCCUCGACGUAUCACUUUCUCGGAGUGCAAGCACAGCACGGAGUUGUCGUUGACUCGAGCGUCCCCUGCGACCACUUCGACCACGAGGGAAGUGGACCGAAUCUUGGCGAGGAUCCAGCAGGACAACCGGGUCCUGGCCGAACUCGAGAAAUCGAGGGCAACCAUCGGCUCACCGGUCUCCGUGGCCAAUCUGGAGCGGCUUCGGCAAAACAUCGAGGCCGGAGAAGCCGCCAACUACGGCAUGUCGGCGACCGCCGCGGACUCGCUGUCUGCCUCGGUCGCUGCGCUACUUCUCCAAUCGCAGCUCAAAUCUUCAUUUUCAUCGCCAGCCAUCGACCAGCUCUCCACAGAACCUCAUCGGACAAGCCAGCUUUGCUCUCAGCUCAGGCCAAGGGCCCUGCAAAGGUCGACGGUGACGAUGCAGGAGCUGGACGGCCUGAUGGCCAAGCUGGAGCAGGACAACCGCAUCCUGGCGGAGCUCGACAAGAAGCGCUCCUGCCUAGGAUCGUCGUGCGGCUUGCUUCCGGCUAGGCUCUGCGGGCCGUCCACGUCGGCGGCGCUGAGCACGUCCCUGAGCAGCACCCUGAGCCUGAGCGGCGGCGGCGGCAGCGUCGGCCACGCGGCCACCGCCUCGUCGCUGGCGCCCGUCGCAGCAUCGCGCAGCAGCCUGGCGCAGCGCAACGCCAGCAACAGCCUGACGCUGCCGUCGCUGCCGCCCAACGGCAUCGUCCACUCGGCGGCCGUCUCCACGGCCAUCCAGCAGCAGCAGCAGCAACUGCAGCAACAGCAGCUUCAGCUACAGCAUCUGCUGCAACAGCAGCAAAGCCAGCCGCCCGUCACACCUACGCCACGGCUUCACAUCGACGCGCAGACGGCACAAGCGCUGGCCGUGGCCUCGAGCCAGCAGCACAACCAGCAGCCGUUGGUCACGCCGACGCAGCAGCAGCUCUCGGCCCAGCAGCAGCAGGUCGAGGAAGACCCGCUGGGCGUCGACUCGGUGGAGUUCCUCGACCUUCCGGGCCGGGGCCGCUGCCGCGUCUACGUGGCCCGAUACAGCUACGACCCGCUCAAGCAGUCGCCCAAUGAGCACCCCGAGGCCGAACUGUUCCUCUCCGCCGGCGAUUACAUACUCAUCUUUGGAGAGAUGGACGAGGAUGGUUUCUUCAAUGGAGAACUCCUCGACGGCCGCAAGGGACUGGUGCCUUCCAACUUUGUCGAAAAGCUCACUGGCGAGGACCUGCUUGAGUUCCAGACGUCCAUCCUGUACGGCAACCGCGACUCGGACGACAGCAGCGCUAGCGUCAGCUACGCGCCAGACUUGGACAACCUGGCCGGAUCGGACGAGCAGCAUAGGCUGCCCCCAGAGGACUUCCAUCGAAUGAAUGACUACAUCGAUUUGGAAGAUAUCGAAGAAGUGGACGAAGACGCGCUUUCCGAGACCGAACGAGAAAACGACGGCACUGGCGGCUCUGCUGGCUUCCCGGUGCCCCCUCCUCAGCGGCUGGUGCUGGAGCGCCAGCUGAACAAGAGCGUGCUCAUCGGCUGGCUCCCACCCGACGUGGUGCUGGGCUCCCUGGAGGCUUACCACGUGUACGUGGACGGCGUGCUCAAGGCCACCGUCCGAUCCGGGCACCGUACCAGGGCGCUCCUGGAGGGCGUCGACGCGGCACAGCCGCACCGGAUCAGCGUGAGGUCAGUCCUGACCUCUGGCCAGCAUUCAAGGGACGCCGCAUGCACCAUUGUCAUCGGGAAGAACGUUCCGCUGGCGCCGAGCUGCGUGAAGGCGUCGAACAUCACCUCGACGACGGCCACCAUCAGCUGGCUGCCGAGCAACUCCAACUUCAGCCACGUGGUGGCCGUCAACAGCGUGGAGAUGAAGUCGCUCAAGCCGGGCACGUUCCGCCACCUGGUGACGGGACUCGCGCCCAACACCUCGUACCGGGUGUCGGUGCGCGCCAAGCCCGGCCGGCUGCUCAUGUCGUCGGCCGCGGCCACGCUCACGGGCGCCACGGCGUCGGCCGACGAGCACGCCAAAGGCGCCGAGCCGCGCAAGCUCGCCAGCAUGCUCACCUCGUUCGUCGACUUCAGGACGUUGCCGAAAGGUAUUCCGGACCCGCCCGUGGACGUCCAAGUGGAGGCGGGUCCACAGGAAGGCACCGUGCUAGUCACCUGGCUACCAGUCACCAUCAACGCGUUGGGCACCUCCAACGGGGCCGCCGUCACCGGAUACGCCGUCUACGCAGCCGGCAAGAAGGUCACCGAAAUCGAUUCACCCACAGGUGACCACGCUCUUCUGGAAGUGACGUCCCUGCUGCCGUUGCACACGCGGGCCAUCACCGUGCGCACGCGGGCGGGCGACUCGCUCUCCGUCGACUCCCUGCCCGUCGUCGUGCCCGACGAACUCGUGCACCCCACCCGGACGUCCAAGUCGGCGGAACGCGUCGAAGAGAACCACUCGGAGUUGUCCGACAUUGUGGAGGAGCUUGAGGACGAGAUGAUGGAGAACGGAGAGCUGGGUCACCGCGGAGCUCGCGGUUCGCGAGGCGUUCAAGGACCUGGCGGAAGGAAGCAUCACCAUCAUCACCAUCACCAUCACCACCAACAGCCCCAGCAGCAACAACAGAACAUGCAGCAACAGCAACAACCCGUCAUGCAUCACACUCAGCCGCAACAUCACCAGAUGCACCAGGUGCACCAACCCGGCGGCGGCCACGCGCAGUACCAGCAGCCGGGCAACAUGCACCAGCCGCCCCCUCAGCAGCCGCCCGUGGCGCAGCGCCGGCAGGGCCCCGUGAUGGCCCAGCAACCGAUGCACCAGGGUGUCGGCGGUGGCGUCCACCACCACGGCGUCAGGCGCAGCGAGAAGCGAAACUCGGCCGGCCAGCUCAUCAUCGAGCCGGAGGACGCGCUCAGCGACAAGGAGAUCUACCCCUACUACGGGCCUUCGGGCAUGCCCAUGGACAUGGCCAAGGACAAUGAAGGAGGAGGCCUCGGCGUGGUGGACAACUACUCGGAGGAGGAGUUCGCCAAGUACGACAUGGGACCGCGGGGCGGCGCACCUCGUCCAGCGGCCAGGCACCAGGUCCCCGGCCGGUACCACGGCGGAGGAGGAGGAGGGCCUCGCGGCGGAGUCGACCAGCACGGUGGCGGCAUGGCGUACCAAGAGCGACCCAGGCCCACGUCGCCAACGCCGCCCUCGAGGGCUAUGCGACCGCUGGUUGACGACGAACCGCCUCCGGCCAGGGGAACCUACGGUCGCCCGUCGGGAACAGGGCGCGGCAGCAGCGGCGGCCAAAGGCAACCCCGAGUGCGCUGGUUCGUCGCGCUGUUCGACUACGACCCGCAGACCAUGUCGCCCAAUCCGGACACUGCCGACGAGGAGCUGCCUUUCCAGGAAGGGGACCUCAUCAAGAUCUAUGGCGGCAAGGACCAGGACGGGUUCUACAAAGGAGAGUGCAACGGCCGCGUAGGCUUCGUGCCUUGCAACAUGGUGUCCGAGGUACAUUUGGACAAUGAGACCAAUGAGCCACCUAGGUCGCGGCCUACUCAACACAGAGGAAACGACUCUUGGGGAGGGGUUAUGCGACCACAACCGAAGAGGAUGGUAGCUCUCUACGAUUACGACCCGGCUGAACUCAGCCCGAACCCAGAUCCUUUCUCGGAGCUGGCGUUCAGCACGGGCGACGUGAUCUACGUCUACGGCGACAUGGACGAGGACGGCUUCUACUUUGGCGAGCUGCGCGGCCAGCAGGGCCUGGUCCCUUCCAACUUCCUCACCGAGGCGCCGGCCGACUACGCGACCAGCGACGGACAGCGGGGACCCCCGUCUAGGCACGGUUCCCUACAACAGCAGCACAAAGCCUCUUUUACUAACAGAACCAGUGAGAGCCCAACCUCUGUCAUGACCUGCGAGGCGAGCCCUCCAUGGGAGGCGGCGGACCCCGAGGUGGCGGCGGCGUCCACCCGUCUCAAGGAGUCCACGGGGGCGGCGGCUCCCAGAGGUCGCACUCGUCGGCCCCUGCGCACCAGGCUCCUGGGCCGGCGGGCCGCCACGGGCCGCCACCGGAGGACCACUGGUCGGCGCAGCAGCAGCAACACCACCUCCACCACCAGCAACAGCAGCACCAGCAGCACCAGCAACAACACGCCUACCAGCAGCCGCACCAGCAGCGGGGCGGGCCCCCGCCAGGCUCGGGCGGCGUCGCGCUCGAGCCGUCCCACUACGAGCACCGGUCCCCGCACGAGCAGCGCGCCGCUUCGUACGCGUCUCGGCCGGUCGUGGGCACCGCGCAGCGAUGGUGAGCGGCAUUCGCCGACGCUCCUCCUGCCCGCCCGGAGACGCGCCUGCCUGCAGACCCGGCAGCUGAAGCGGCGACGAGCGGUGACGCCACCGCGGCGACCUUCGACCCUGGUGGCCAACGGGAAGCGUUCGCCGGUGCCGGCGACGCCGGUCGCCGAGUCGCCGCCCCCGCCGCCCGAACAGCAGAGGCCCAAGAAGAAAGGCCGCUUCCGCUUCCUGCACGCGCUCAAGAGACUCUUUGGCAUGAAGGGGAAGCGUGGCUCCGCGCCUCCUCCGGUCCCCUGAGGAAGGGCCCCCGCCGAGAAGGCCCGAGGGCCAUCCGUCUCUUAUGAAGAUCUGAGUAGGGCAUCGCUCGCUUGAGAAGCAGCUGGACGUAGGCUCGCCUGCACCGACGUGCAUCCGGCAAGGCUGAGUUCACGCCGUGCUCUCUAUCUGCAUGGCUCCGCUUCUAGGCGCAGUUGCGUAUGCUGACACGUAAACGGGGAUGUUGAUUGUUCGUCCUGCUUUUCUCUGCGUUCGAGGACGGUAGGACUCCCAACGUCCAGUCAAAUGAUCGACGGGUCGACUAGAAAUGCCAUGUUGACAGAUAUUGGUGAUGGAAGAAGUGCCGGAAAAACCGGUUUUGGAUUUACGGAAGGUGUCUCCCAUAGGUAAGGAAGAAGUGCAAGAGAGGGGUAACGUCAUUUACGAUGUUGGCUCAUAGGAUGUUCACGCUUAUUAAGGAGAGCAAUGCUGUGUCCCAGACAAACAAGCCAAUGAAUAAACGGGAUGCGCCUGCACAUUGUGGCCAUUCGUGAAAGCUUGACAAAAGAUCGAACUCUAGAAGCGUUUCUCUCAGUAAUCCAGAAGAAAAGAGUACGCUGGAGCUCUCCUAGAUCUGUCUGGUUUCCAUGCCUUGCAUUCUGGAUUUGUCAAACCCGUACGUGUAAAAAAAAAUUAAGAGAGAGAAGAUGUAGAGACGCGAGCCAUCGAUGUUGCUCGAAGGCAUUCAGCUUGUCCCUCAGUCAGAUCGGACGUGUGCUUAGAGUGUAAAUAGUCCGAUCUGUCCUCAAGAGCAGGACGAACAAUGCAUUCUGCCUUCGCUCCGCUCUGGAAGCGCUUGUCCCUCUGCUCGAAGUAAAAAAGCCCCCUUGGUCUUCUGCUGGUGACCAACAUCUCUCCUACAUGGCUGGCCUUUAUUUCACCCUCGUUUGGAGCGUUAUGCUAAAAGCGAACAACCUCUCUUCACCACGCUGUUCACCGUCGUUAAGAAAAGGCCACAUGCUCCAUUCGGUGGUCGUCGUUGAAACGUUUAAAGAGACAUCGCCGUCUCGUCGUGCGAAACGACGAGAGCAACGCCUUCCGUCACAACACUGCUCAGCGAGUGUACAUGACGUUGUGGCGAGUGCGUUCUGGACAAGAGACUCUCCAAGCCACCCCCAAACCCGCACAACCCGCCAUUUUGUCACCUGCUGCAUACGCUGCCUUCUGGGGCGAGAAAAACAGGACAACUUCCGCAAUGGUAUCUGUUCGUGCGCGUCUUUGUGCAUCCAGCAGAAAUAGCAGGCGCCAGAGGGCCUGCCUUGCGUGUAUUAGCUGUGUGAUUUGUUCUCGCAUACAAACUUUUUAAGACUUUACGUGAAUUCUUUUACUUCUCGUUGUCUCGAUCCCUCCCCGUGUCCCAUAAAAAAAGAAACGUUGAUUGACGUUCAAAGGAAGCAUGAUCAUAUUCAAUGUACAAAGGAACUGUCUUAACUGAAUUUUCAUGUCACAGGUCUGCACGUCAUCAAGCUAUACUAUAGCGGCUGUGCGGUUACGUGCUGUGGUCACCAUAUAGUAGCGCAAGAGCUAUGCCACAUACACACACAUACACACACGUACACACAACUGUCUCGUUCGCACUGGGGCCAUUUUGUUGACACCAAACUUUGUAUUGCUUAUGUUUGUGUAUCUUAUUUUAUUGUUCUUCUGUGACACCGCGGAAAAAAAUUAUCGAGUUGAGGCGCCGAGCAUCUCCUUCAAAGCAUUUCGCAAUCGAGCUCCACACUGAACUCCAUGCGUCACGAGCCGCUUUCACAGCGUGGGACGCGAUGGAAGUUACGUGUGCGUUCGAAGUGGACAACCGUCAGCCACCGCGGUAUCGUUUGCCGCACCGAGGCGACGUGUGUCACGCGCUCGAAAAGCGUCCCGUCUUUCGAGCGGCCGCUUCAAUAUCGGCGAUGAGCAGGUUCUCGCUUCAAGACGUGGCGUCCUUCUGAGCGAAAUCGCAAAAACGGAAUGAGAUGCGACGGCAAAUGGCGUCAUAUUUGCACAUAUCCGCGCACACGUCGCACGCGCGCACGCUCCGGACGCCUGGUCGUUCGAGCACUUCGCGCCCCGUUCCACGUGCCAACAGCGGACGUUCCGCCACUCAGGAAUCUCGUUCCUAACCAUCCCGACGCUCAUUAGCAUACCACUAAAAACCACUUCUCUAACUAUGCGGACCUUCUGGCUUUUCCCGAGACGUAUGGCGUGCGCUUGCGUGUUCGCGUCUGUGCGUGCUUGUGUGUGUAUAUGUAGUUUUGUGCCGCUUCGGGAUCGCCUUGCACCGGUGUUAUGUACCGCUUGAGAGUUUUCGGUUUUCUUUUUGUCGUAAGCGUCAGAGAAUGGCAAGCGUUUUGCAUGACUUUACUUGCACACGAAGUACUGAUCAUCAGAGAGGGACACUUUCAGCAACCACUCUUUCAAACUUUCAGCAGUCACUCAAUCUACUGAAGCAGACACAACCUAUUGUGUCUCGCAGCAGCUGUACUCUCAAGAGCCGACCGACAUAAUAUGCGCUUCCUGUGGUACGCUCAAACCUUUCUGACCUCAAUUCGGCUCCGUUCCUACCAGUCGUCGCAAUACCUUCAUAUAGCCAUACAGAAGCGAUCCGGUAAAUCUAUUCUCCUUUUUCGUUAAGGACUUCAUUAAUGACAUAAUAUUCGUCUAAUACGAUCGAGAAUAGCACGAAGACGAAGCAUGCCCUUAAAUGACGUUAAAGGAUGAGGAGCUUCUCAUUUCAAGUGCAAGUUCUGGAAACUUUAUAUGCAUCCUUGUGCAGCUCUUAAACCUCAAAACAUUGCUCACACCCCAAACGGAAUUGUUUGUACGGAAGAUCAUUAUAACUAUACAUACUGAGAAGGAAAGAAUGCAUUCGGUGACACGACGACAGCGAAGUGGGAUUUAACAUGGCACAGAAAAUCAAAGGUGUGACGCGAUAGGGCACCCAUGGGGAGCUGCUAUAAUGGGCCCGUAGCUGACACCCAAAUGACAUUCACCAACCCAUAGUAGACUUGAAGUCGAUAAAGGUUGAACGUAAAUACAUUGUUCUAACGCGAUCACGUCCAAUCAAAUCUAUCCGGCAACGUUUUCUCUUUAUUCACAAAAUUCCUUUUUAGUUUUCUUUUCUUUUCCUACCUACCGCCCGAUUCAUGGACUCAGCCUCAUAAUGGGUUGAGUAAUAACAUCACGCACCAACCAGGCAACCAUUCCAGCUUGCAUGUUUUUUUCGUUUCGCGCUUUCUUGAUAGGCCAGUUGCAUUGUUUCAACCGCAUCUUUUUCUUUAUUUUCAUUCUCUUGCUCCUGCCAAGCGAACGUGCUGCGUGCAAUUUAUUAUCUGAACGGAGUCCUCGGUAACUAGUUCUGUUGUUCAAAGACACGCAGAGCUUUGGCUCUUGCUGAUUGCUACGCAAUUCCACGCUCGCAUAUUGUUCCUGCAUUUGCUUGAUUUGAAGGCCUUCUGAGUUUUCUUCACAUGCGUAGCGCAACCCUAAAUUGAUGGCUUCGAAAAAUUACUGAAAAACCAGCAUUGUUCAGCUUCGCCUAGUUCUUGACCCAGCAGAAAAGCAGUUCAAUGUAAGCCGCAGAAAAUUUUUUCUCGGGUCGUGCAGCCAUCUCACGUGCCAUCUCACAGCUAGCCGCCAUUGACUUGAUCCGUUGGCUGACAGCGGAUUGUUUACCAAGUAAACCAAGACCGUGUCCAGCUUUUGGCAAACGUCAGUCAGUGCCUCCUUACUCAUUUUACUCUGAGCAUUCGGCGCACGCGCGUGUGUGUGUGCGCCUGUGAAAGUUGCUCCGUGUAUCAGUUAACAGUGAAACGCAAAACAUGUAACGGUAUCCAUGUCUUAUCAGACGUAAAGCUGCCUCCACGUGCUAGCCGAGUCUCUUGGAAAAAAGCCGAGUUUACGGUUAGCAGUGCUUUGCUGUAGAAAACAACUAAUUGUCGACCGUGCUCGCUUCGGGGUUUCGCGAACCACAAAAAAAAAAGGGAAAAUAAAUCCUGAAGCUGAAGCCUCGUAGAGUCGACGAAGGUCUCCGCCUCGCUUUGGUGCUUGGUGUUUCUGCCUAACGGAGCAUAGAAGUUAGGUGCGCUGUAGAAACCCGGUGGCAAAGUGGCGUUGAUUUCAGAGUAGGCGGGGCCUGUCUGACCUUGUUCGAGAGCAGUGGCUUUUAACGGUGUUGCGCUGCUUGCGUCGUUGCUUAAUUUGGCCGUGUUCGCACAUAAGGUCCCGGAGACGAUCCCAACAAACCGACGUUUCGCAAACUGUUACCGCUCUUACUCCUUCGUUUUCUUUCCUUCUUUCUUUCUUUAGCACUCAACUCCUGAAGCAUGCUGUGUUCGCAAACUUAACGACGCUCAAACCGACUUAGCGGUCUUUCUUUUUCCCCACGUAAAAUGUCAACAUCACACACGCGCACACGCUGUGGGAAGUCUUACGUAGAUAGGAAGCCAGAUGUAAGCAAUGGCGCGUGCCCAGCCACCUUGUAAGAAAUGUAAGCUUGACAGCGUAGUCCGCCUGACUUGCGCCUGUAAUAGACGGACGCCCGAUGACUUUGUUACUUUUUUCUGCGCCCACAAAUGCAGUACCAUGCUUCGACAAGAGCCUGGCGAUCCACGGCGUUGCGAAAUUGAUGGCCUUGAUAUUCCUUCUUGCUAGCGUUGUUUCGACUUGUGCAAUGUCCAUCUAUAACGUCUAACCCAACUUGAGACAUCGCGCCGAUUUUUGUACUGCAGGAUUAGGGCGUUUUCUAAUGAUUGUAGCCUUUCGAACUCUAUUCAGCCGUUAAGUGAACGCUAGUUUCUCGUGUGUUUGCUUGAAUUUCUUCCUUGUAACGAUUUUGUACAGAUGGUCACAGGUGAGCGAGUUCUUGUGGAAUCCUCGCAAAAUGCUGCGCGCGCAGAGCACUCCUGUGGCAUUGUGGCCUGCGUUCGAUGACAGGGCUGCUGUGUACAGAAUAAUAGGCGAAGGUAUGCAAUGCGCAUACCUAUGCGUGCUAAAUCUAGACAUCGUGUUAAGCGGUGUUACGUCUACGACCCCCCCCCCCCCUUCAUUAGAAGUGGCAUUUCUCCUUGGUGUUCGCGUGGCUGCAGUGCAGUCGGUCAGGAGUCAGUCAAACGGCGAGAGAAUGGGCGGAAUCCCCGUGCACCUGUGUCGAUCGAAACGCUCGGUAUUUUUAAGAGACAAGAAAGAAUGUGAGUGUACCACUGCCCAUCCUUAUGACAGAGUAUAGUGAUUUUGAGAACCCGCACGUUGUUUGAUUCCUUGUUUAUGAGUUUAUUGGUGCCUCCUUUUGUACAUUCCACGUAGCUUCCAUGCUUUGCGGCUUUAUCUCCAUUUCGGUUGUGACGAAGUCCGAGCAGAUACGAUUAGCUGCUUGACGGCGACCACAACAGACGUACUUCCGACGCGUAAUCGGCGCGUGCCUUCCACGGCAAUAGAUAGUUUAUGGAUAGCCUGUGUACUUCUGAUUCGAUAUUCAUUGGUAACUGAUGUAUAUGACUUUCUGGAAGCCUCCCGCUCGGAAGAAGCCGGCGUACGGCUAUAGACCAAAGAAACGUGCUCGACAACGAUUGUUCCCUGUAGAUAAUACGUAGACACAUAGCCGAAAGGGCAAGUCAGUAUAACGGCAGAUUGGCCUAGGAAAAGACCACAGGUGAUCUACGCUCUGCGUACGUCAGUUGAAGUUCUAACCCUGAUCACGGCUUGGACAUCGCGAAGCGGGAAACACUUCCGAUGUCUCACGGGUACCGCGGAAGCGCGGUGGAAAUGCUUCUCUCGUGGUUGGCGCUUCAAGUAGCUCGAGUAACGUAACACCUCACCCGUUUUGUAGCCUUCUAUUUAUUUCUUUUUUUUUCACGCUCGCCCCCUGCGACCGCGCCAAGGCGCGCACAAAAUCCCCACGUCCCGUUACACGUCAAUGUGGGCGCUCCUUUCCAUAAUUCGAGCGGGUCCUGAAGCUAGGGUGGUAUGCCUAUGCGGAGCGCCCGUGUUCGUCACAUAUCGUCCUUUAAGCAGCCGUCGCCGUCUCACUGAAUCAAAGCACCGGGAAAUGGCGACGACAGCGGCUACGGCGCGUUAUCCUGCGGUCUUGCUGUGCAAGUCUCGUGAAUGACACGGGACCUUAGUAUGUCUUGCUCCCGUAUACAUAUAUAAGAGUGACCCGGUUCCGGGCCGACAACUGGGCGUCUCGAGGGGAUGAACCCACAUAUUCGGUACAUCCCGCGCGAUCGCCGCUGUGGCUGGUAUAGGACACGAACGCGAGAGUCGGAAGUUUGGACACACACACACGGAUAUAUGAACGUGCCUUUUUUUCAGUUGUGACCUACUUCCCCAUUCUUCGUUCGUGCAGCGCGUGUCUACAGUGUCGUGUGCUUGGAAAAAAAGAGUGAACGAGAGAGAAAGACAGAAAGAAAGCGGUGUUAUUUGUUUUUUUUUCUUAAUGCUGUUAUCACACUCUUGUUUUCGUUUGUUUUUGAACGUGAACUGCGCGCGCAAUGUAAAUAUGUCCAGACACAAUAGGCACCGCAGUCUUCUUCACACACACACACACGCGCGCACACACAUACACAUUCCGAUGAGACGUCUUUGCUCUUCGGAGAAGACACCGAUGCAUUAUGUGUAUAAUCGCACGAGACGUAUUGUGUAACUGACGUGUGGCUCGUCGGUCAGCCGCCUGGGGGGUCCGCGGCGUCUGACCGCUUGGACCUGGCCGUUGCCGCAACCUGCUGCUGCAUGCGGGCGUCAUUAUUUUUAUUAAUAUUAUUUUGAUGUGCAAUAACAGUGAUGACGACGAACGGCGCAUUGUCGCUUCUAACGCUUCGCAACUUUCUGGCUGUUGCUCGCCCCCUUAUAUAUGUCCCGACCCCCUUUUGACCAAUAGCCUGGUUUGCAUUCCCGUGUUCCUUUUUGUUGUUUUAAGUACUUUUCUUUAUUUAAUAACUGCAUGGUGUACGACAGCAUAUGCAUAACGCGGGACGCUCGAGAAUAGCAAUCUUCUCAUUUCGCGUUUUGUUUUCCUAUCCCUCUCGUGUGUGUGUUUCUUUUUUCUUCUUUCUGUUAAUCGCAACUUAAACUUUCGUUGCACUUCAGCAUUCGCUGCCAUCA